AUGGUGCUAAAUCGGGAGACAUUCCUCCUCGUCCCGACGUUUGGCUCGUUUGACUCCAUUUUUGACCCCGUUGCCAGUGACAUGGGCAGCGAGAGUGGGUUAUCCCCGCCGUGUCUAAAUCUUUGGCUUCGAAUAGGAAAUCCUGCCACGCGAAAGAGGAGGCUACAAAAGCGCCCGUUCCUGGGCCUCUACGCCUCUUUUCAGCUUAAGUUCAGCUUGGCGCUCGGUCACUUUCUGUGCUUUUCAGAGCAUGACACCAGAGCCUUGUGGGACGAAUUGCGGGCAAGAAGCAACACUCAGUUUAUUUGGCGAAGCAAAUACGGCAGCAUAAACGGUACCGUGCAGUGGUGGAAACACGACCUCGUUCCGCUAUGCCAUGAGAGGAAGUUCAGGGGUGUUUACUCGAUGCUGUCCCUGGCACAAUGGUUGGCUGUCGAUGAGAGUUUCCAGCAACUUCACCUGGCGUCGGCGGAUUGGCCAACGACUGUUCGGCGCCAACAAGCCCUAAUGAUUGGGACUAAUCCUGGAUACUCCUGGAUGGUCUGGUGUUCUCGGGUUUUCCCAAAGUCGAGUGGGCACCGGACGCAAGGUGAAUCACCCCUGCACACCCACUUCUCAGUCAUGCAGUUUGCCAAGCGCCUCUGGUGGUCAACGCUUGAGAUGUGA